AUGAGUCUGCAAAUUUUACGUGUAGUGCGUUCAUUUGCUAUAGUUCACAACUAUAAUCAUCAUAAUUUGAGUAGUCAUUGCAAAUCGUUACGUAGUUACCGUUAUUAUUUCGAGUGGGGUCGGGGAGGACGGGGAGUUGGACGUGCGAGGGGGCCGCGUAUUGGCUGUGCGGGUGCAAUCGGAGUGCGAGUUCACUCUGUCACUCGGUCAUUACGGUAUUUCUCUUGCGUGCAGCCCACAUUUACUAUAGUGAAAGAAAAAGUGACAAUGCCAGAAAACAAACCGUUUCAACGACUUCCUAAAAAUGUUGUACCUGAACAUUACGAAUUGCAUUUAGUUCCAAAUUUGGAAAAAUUUACAUUUACGGGCUCGACCAGGGUGAAAGUAUCGAUUGCUACCUCUACCAAAGAAAUCGUGCUCAAUAGCUUAGAUUUGGAAUUCAAAAAUGUUAAACUGCAGUAUGGUGAAGGUGAGUCUGAUACCACGCUCAAUCCGGUGGAUGUUAGAAUUGACGCCGGUGACGAAACGGCGACUAUUGUGUUCGAAAAACCUUUGCCAGAAGGAACAGCAACGUUAUAUUGCGAAUUCGUUGGCGAGAUCAACGACAAAAUGAAAGGAUUAUACAGAAGUAAAUACUUAACUCCAAGUGGAGAAGAACGAUACGCAGCCGUCACUCAAUUCGAGGCAACAGAUGCCAGACGGUGCUUCCCAUGCUGGGAUGAACCUGCUAUUAAAGCAACAUUUGAUAUAACACUGGAAGUACCUACUGACCGUGUUGCAUUAUCUAACAUGCCAGUAAAAGAACAGAAAAUAACUGGUGACAAAAAAAUAAUGCAGUUUGAUAGAACACCUAUAAUGUCCACAUAUUUGGUGGCAGUGGUGGUUGGUGAAUAUGACUAUGUGGAGAAAACAUCUAACGAUGGUGUUCUAGUGCGUGUAUAUACUCCAGUAGGAAAAAGUAAGCAAGGAAUGUUUGCCCUGGAGGUAGCAGCUAAAGUGCUACCUUACUAUAAGCAAUACUUUGACAUUGCUUAUCCAUUACCGAAAAUAGACUUGAUUGCUAUUGCUGAUUUCUCAGCUGGUGCUAUGGAGAAUUGGGGUCUGGUCACAUACAGAGAAACAUGUCUGCUAGUGGACGAAGAGCAUACAUCAGCUGUAAGAAGGCAAUGGAUAGCUUUAGUAGUUGGCCAUGAACUGGCUCAUCAAUGGUUCGGAAACUUGGUUACUAUGGAAUGGUGGACCCAUUUAUGGUUAAAUGAAGGCUAUGCAUCAUUUGUGGAGUUCCUUUGUGUAAAUCACUUGUUCCCAGAGUAUGACAUAUGGACUCAGUUUGUGACUGAAACAUACAUUAGAGCUCUAGAGUUAGAUUGUUUGAAGAAUUCACAUCCCAUUGAGGUGCCUGUCGGUCACCCAUCAGAAAUAGAUGAAAUAUUUGAUGACAUAUCAUACAAUAAGGGUGCUUCUGUUAUAAGAAUGCUGCAUCGAUACAUAGGUGAUGAUGACUUCCGCAAAGGAAUGAACAUCUACCUUACAAGGCAUCAGUACAAGAACACUUUUACUGAAGAUUUGUGGGCAGCCCUAGAAGAGGCUUCAAAUAAACCUGUGGGUGCUGUAAUGUCUACAUGGACCAAGCAAAUGGGAUUCCCGAUGGUGCAGGUCAGUUCAGAGCAGAAAGGAGCCCACCGAGUAUUAAAGUUGACUCAGCAAAAGUUCUGCGCUGAUGGAAGCCAAGGUGAUGACAGUGUAUGGAUGAUACCAAUUACAGUCUCAACUCAAGAACAGCCUUCAAAGGUCGCCUUGUCUACAGUAUUGGAUAAAAAGACGCAAGAAGUCAUAUUAGAAAAUGUUUCGGAAGACUCUUGGGUUAAAGUAAAUCCUGGAACUGUUGGUUACUAUCGUACUCGGUACGAACCGGUGCUUCUAGAACGUCUCGUGGGAGCUGUACGUGACGGAUCUUUGCCCCCACUCGACCGACUUGGCUUGCUUGAUGACUGCUUCGCGUUCGUACAAGCUGGACACGCUCAUACUAAUGAGUCCCUGAAGCUAAUGGAAGCCUUCAGCAACGAGUCCAACUUCACAGUUUGGUCAUCUCUAGCGAACUGUUUAUCAAAACUGACUGUUUUAUUCUCACACACUGCCCUCGAUAAACCGUUGAAGAACUAUGGCAGGAAACUCUUCGCUAGUGUGACCAAGCGUCUCGGUUGGGAUGCCCAAGAGAAGGAAAGCCACUUGGACACUCUACUUCGGAGCUUGGUGCUCAAUAAGAUGAUCAGUUUUGAAGAUCCCGAUACUAUUAAGGAGGCUAAGAGGCGGUUCGAGAAACAUCUAUCCGGCGAAAUGCAGUUACCCGCGGACCUUCGUUCAGCGUGCUACCGAGCUGUAUUGGCCGAGGCGGAUGAAGCUACCUUUGAGCGAUUCCUUCACCUGUACAGAGCAGCUGACCUGCACGAGGAAAAGGAUAGAAUCAGCCGGGCUUUGGGUGCUGUUAAGGACCCAGCCUUGUUGAAUAAAGUGUUGAACUUUGCUAUAUCUGACGAGGUUCGUUCUCAAGACACAGUGUUCGUGAUAGUGUCGGUGGCAGUGAGCCGCAACGGACGGGAUCUCGCUUGGCAGUUCUUCAAGGACCACUGGCAAGAGUUCAUGGAUAGAUAUCAGGGUGGUUUCCUAGUAGCACGCCUAGUAAAAUCCACUACAGAGAACUUCGCCUCUGAGGCAAGCGCUCGCGAGAUAGAGGAGUUCUUCGCUACCCACCGUUCACCAGGAACAGAGAGGAGCGUGCAACAAGCGCUCGAGACCGUGCGCUUGAAUGCCGCUUGGCUGCGUCGGGAUCUGGCCUCCACCACCACCUACUUGCAGCCUUACCACUGA